GGUGUUAUACACCUUUGAUAACGGCGCAGUUUGGCGCUCUUUUCUUAGCAACGCUAAGCGAAUUUGUGUAUCUAGGAAGGCAGUUGUAAAAUAAAUCUUACAUUUUAUUUGUUAAAGGGGGUUCCCUGUUAAUAAAAUCUAAGAUUGUUAAAAAAGAUUUUCGCCAGUAAUAUGUGCGUGCUCACCCGUUUCCAGCAUUGUGUUGAAUCAAUGUUUUCACGUUGCUCCAGUAACAGCUGUGGCAUGCAGUCACCCGCCCGAUCAAGGAAUUAGGUCAUAUUUACGACAGGAUUUAUUUUAUGGGAUCUGUUCAAAAUUUAUGUUAUGCCGGACUUUUAGCUUCUUUUACGUUUUUGCUACUGUUUAACAUCGUGCCGUUGAGGAGUCAUGUUUGAUGGUGGGUGUUAAGCACCAUAAAGAUAACACAUUUGCUUUACGUCACGUGUAAAUAUUAACAUUAAAACUGUUUUAGCAUUUUAUAUAUUUACAAUUUAUUUGAAAAGCAUAUUUUAAGGCUCUUUCUUGAGGAUGUUGAGUAGCUACUUUGAUUGUCAUAACGUUUGACUGGAUGUUUGAGAGCCAGGCGAUGCAAAAGAAUUGUGGCAUACGUACAAGCAUGAGCAAGAAAAUUGAAAACGCAUACCCUAGUGACAGGAAUCAACGCACAUGUUCUGCUUUAGAAAGCAAUGAGAUCCCUUUCUCACAGCAGGAAUCUACUUACAGCAAAGCAGCCGGUAUCAUCCAACGAGCAUGGAGGAAACAUGUUGAUAUUGCUGUUUUCAAGCACCUCAAGAAACUUGUAAGCUUUCAUAAUCAAGGGGACCCACGGCUCUUUCUUAGGUUUAUUAACCCUAUGGAGGCUAAGAUUUUAGAUGCUGCUUCGGGGGCCCUUAUUCGUUUCAGACUGGGUGGAGUAACCUAUCCACCGAAUAUCUACUAUAAAAUCUACACUCGUGCACCAAUAGUGGACAUGUGUGCCAACAGUCCUAAAGAUUACACACAUACACAGCAAAAGAAACUUGUUCCUAUGCAUAAUGGCCCGAUGAUUUACGAUGAUCAUUUUGGGUGGUACCAGCGGGUGGAGAAUAAUGGCUGGAGAAUCUUGUCUGGCAAGAUUUCUGUAUUUGAAGAUCCAAUAACUCAGGAAACCAGUGGCAAGAAGACAGAAUUUCAUUAUUGCAGAAUGAAUCGGCAACAAGAUGUUGCAAGAAAAAGGAAGAUUCGAAAAAUCGAUUGGAUGAGGAAAAUGUAUGCAGAAGGUCUACAAGCUGGUACCCAAUACAGUGACACAACAUUAUUGUUGCAGAAAUCCACACAGAGAAUUAAUUCACUUGAACACAAUGAACCAGAUUUGGUUUCAGAGCAGGAGGUGGAUGAUCUGCUUGCAUGGACCAAUUCUCUCGAUUUUGAUGAGUCUUCCAAACAAAUCAGGUAUAUCAGUGAAUGGAAGGAUUUAGGUACCAGCAGUUGUUGCAUAUUGAACAAAGAUUAACUAUCCUUUCUUGCCGUGCUUGACACUUGCAAGAUCCCUCAGAUCAGUCCGGAGGACAGUCAAGUGGUGACCCAACAUCAGGGUAGCAUCUGAGACUGGAAAGCUUGAUGCAAAGGGCUAGGGCAACAAAUACUUAUAGCAUUAUUCUGAUGGGCUCGUUGCAUUUUAAUAAAACUGGUGUGAAUGCUUAUAAAUGUUUUAUUUAUUUAUUUUUGAAAAGUGUAAUGCAUGUCAUAGAAUUAGUAUUAGGUAAUCUACGGAAACUUUAGACUUUAUCACUAAUAUGCCCUUACAUUUUAUCUGUGUUUAGAAAAAGUACUAUAUUAUUAACCUAAUUUUUAUUUUCAAUUAAAUCAUUUUUAUAUUUAAUAUAUGUAUAAAUGUAAGUACAAUAAAACCAAACCGAAGAGAUAAAUAUCAAUAUUUAAUCCGCAAUAUUUCAUUA